UCCUUGUCAGCAUCAUUAUCCACCCUUUUCUCUCAAAAACUACCAAAAUUGGAGGGGGGGGGGUAGCUUGCAGCCGCUGUAGGAGGAGCCCAAGCCUGGUAAGGGGAAGACAUUAGUGUUUGCCGUCAUGGCUGUUCAAGCAGGGAGCAAAGCAAGAGGCUAGCGGGACUGUCGAGCCGCAAGCCAAGGUGGAGGGGAGGGGGUUGACAGCCCAAGCACCAUGGCGGGCAACCAUCAUCAAAUCUCACGGGAUCUCGUGUGAUCACCGCAGGCACCGGAGACGCAGAGACCGCCGGCUCGCCGAUACCCUAGUUGGACUCCGACACGCCCGGCACCGCACCGCACGGCGUCUACAUAAAGCGCACCGAAGGCCCGCGAAUCACCAGCGUCCACCGCCCCCGAUUGCUUCGCACCACGAUCAUCACCUCGGUUCGGAGCACGGAAGGACGCGCGCGAUCGACGACGCCAUGGAUCGGAGCGGACGGAGCGACGACGGCAACAACGACGGCAAGUCCACCGGCCACCCAGACCUCGCCGCCUCGCUGGGCGCGAUGGGCCUCGGCAACUCCUCGCCGCAGCCGCGGGAGCAGCAGGAGCAGGCGCUGCAGCGGCAGCAGAGAGCGGCGUGGUUGCGGCAGAGGACCGCGCCGCCGGUGAUGCCGGAGCAGCAGUUCAGGACGAGCCUGUUGAUGGCGUCAGGGCUUGAGGUUGCGCGGCAGUCCUGGUCGCAGCAGUCACAGCAGCACCAGGCCUACCGGUGGGAGGAGAUGGGCUCAUCGAGCGGCGGCGGCCCCUACGUCUCGCCGAUGGGCGCCGCCGCCGCAGCGGCCAAUAACCCUAGCGCGUGGUACGACAGGGCCGCCGCAGCGGCCAACAACCCUAGCGCGUGGUACAACUCCGCAGGCGGCAACUUCUUCAGUAGGCAGGGCCAGAGCGGUAGCCACCAGCAGCAGCAGUACACUCUGAGCGCCAGCGCCAGCCAGUACCAACCAGUAACCUCGCCGGUGGCGGCGAGCGCCAACGCCAACGCCAGCCUGCAGUACCUGUACCAGCAGCAGUAUGCCAUGUUUAACCAAUCCGGCGCCGGCGCCUACGCCUGGUCCGCGCCCGAUGAUGACAAGCGCAUGGAUCUGAGGCUGAGAGCCAUCAGAGCCACCCAGGCUCAGGCGGGUCAUGUGCCGUACAGGGCGGCGCCGGCGGCCCAGCCACGGCAUGCCCGGACGCUGGAGGAAACCCGGUCGCGGCUGCUCAAGGCCCCGAUUGACGUGCACGUGGUGACGUUCCCCCAGUCCCCCGCGCACGUGGUGACGCUGCUCGAGGAGGGCGUCGACAAGAUCCGGCUGAACGUGCUCGCCGGGGUGACGCACCGCAUGCACGACUUCAUGGACAGCAGGGACGGGCACGCGGUGUUUGUGGCGCUGCUGCGCGCCUGCGCGUCGCGGGCCGGCGAGGUCAAGGACAUCGUGGAGGCCGCCUUCUACUGCAGGCACAACCUGCUGCCGCUGAUGACGCACGACCACGGGGAGGAUUGCCUGGCGGAGCUCAUGGCGGCGGCGGCGCCGUACCCUAACCUGUGCGAGAUGCUGGUGAACCGCUUCCUGUUUGAAAACGUGCUGCUGGACCUCAAAGGGGACCAGGUGCUUCACCACUGCUUUGCCACCAUGAGAUACGAGGACACCAAGUUUCUGGUGGUCGCCGUCCUCGAUGGCAACACGCUUGACUCGAUGGCCUACUCGAAGUCGCCGGCCGGGUCCAAGUGCCUGGUGGAGUGCUUCAACAAUGCCAGAGGCGACGAGUUCGGCAAACUCCGGGCCGCCCUGCUCGACAAGGCCAUCGACCUGGCCAGGGGCGAGUACAGCAACUACUUCGUGCAGCACGCCCUGGAGCACGGCGACGCGCAGACGCGGCAGCAGCUGGUGCAGCGGCUGAUGGGGCAGGCGGUGGGCCUGUCGCUGCACCGCUCCGGCAGCUACGUCGUGGAGGCGUGCUUCAACAAGGCGGGGCUGCUCAACCUCGUGGUCGCCCAGUUCAUGCACAUGGACGACGCCCAGCUCGUGGAGCUCGUGCAGGGCCGCUCCUCCAACUACGUCGUCCACAGGAUGCUCGAGGCCGCCAAAGACAGGUACCCCAAGGAGACGCUGGGGCUGGCGCGGCGGAUCUACAGGCUGCACGGGAACGGCGUCUGGCAGGUGUACGCCGAGAAGGUGAUGAGGGUCGUCGGCAAGAUCCUGGCUCGCCACUCUCAUCACGGCCCCUCGUAUCGCUGAUCCCCUCCGCCUCCGGUGUGGUGUGGCUGCUGCCUUAUUUGUGUUGUUGUCGACAUGCGCACAGUAUCUGUGUAGGGUUUUGGUGUAGGUGAUCGAUCGAGAGCUUUGCGUCUGUGUGUGUCUCUUAUCUGUCGUUGUAGUAGCGGAAGCGACGUGUGUGUUCGGUACUUUGUUACUCUAUUGUGUGUUCGGUUUGUUAGGGGUGUGCUGUAAGCGCUAAAAUAUGUAUGGCAGCGGUACUAUGUUUUGUGUCCAGGUUUAAGUACUUUGAGGUACUUGGCUAGAUAAACACUGCCGUUUUAUAAAGUCUAAAUUUCCCGCCUUC